AUGAUCAUUGGUGGGGUCGAUAUCCCUCAAGGACCGGUAUUCAAACGCACCAAAGUGACGAUCACGAGGGAAAAGCAAACUCGGGACUACUUACCAGAAGUAACCUUGUCUUUCAACGACGAGGACGCAGAAGGGAUCGAACAACCUCGCAACGACGCACUGAUAAUGUCUAUCCUUAUGAAUAAAAAUCAAGUUAAACGUAUGUUAAUUGAUCCAGAUAGCUCUGCAAAUAUUAUUCUAUCAAAGAUCGUAGAGCAACUCGGCCUCCAAGAUCAGAUCAUGCCUGAAGCUCGGGUACUUAACUGCUUCAAGAUGGCAAGUAAAACCACCAAUGAGAAAAUCAUUCUACCAGCAAACGUGGUCGGGACUAUCCAGGAAACAAAUUUCCAUGUGAUCGAAGGCGACAUGAGAUAUAAUGUGCUGCUCGGAAGGCCUGAGAUUCAUAAUAUGAGAGUAGUGCCCUCGACGCUUCACCAAGUCUUGAAAUUCCAAACAUCAGAAGGAAUCAAAAUGGCGUACGGUGAACAACCUGCCGCCAAGGAAAUGUUCGCAAUCGAUGAGGUAAUACCAAUAUCGGCAUUGUCAUCAACAAAGGGAUCGGAGUCGAAGGGAAAACAAAAAGUUAAAUAG